GCUCGCAAGCGGAGAAUCACACACAGACACACACAUACACACACACACAGGCACACACACACAGACACACAUAGCGAGAGCACUAAUGGUGGCAUCGGGUCGCAGCAAGCCGUUGAUGAUCUAUACACAAAUCUCUCUGUGUUUGAUUUUUUACUCAGAACAUACAAAAGGAUAGGAGUUAAACGUAAUAAAACAUAUCUGUAUGAACGGGGGACACGGACGCACACUAUGGUCCGGGAAACCAGACACCUAUGGGUGGGGAAUUUACCUGAAAAUGUGCGAGAGGAGAAAAUUAUCGAACAUUUCAAACGGUAUGGGAGGGUGGAGAGUGUCAAGGUCCUCCCCAAGCGGGGGUCGGAGGGCGGCGUGGCGGCUUUUGUGGAUUUUGUGGACAUUAAGAGCGCCCAAAAAGCACAUAACUCCAUCAACAAGAUGGGAGACAGGGAUCUGCGCACCGACUAUAAUGAACCUGGGACCAUCCCGAGUGCCGCACGUGGCCUGGACGAUAGCCUAUCCAUAGGCUCUCGCGGUCGGGAUGUUUCGGGGUUCGCGAGGGCAGCAGGGGGGCCAGUGUACGGUCCCCCGGCGUCUCUCCACAGCAGAGAGGCACGCUAUGAGCGCAGACUGGAUGGGACCUCUGAGAGUCGGGAUCGUGCCUAUGAUCACAGUGCCUAUGGACACCACGAACGAGGUGGCGGCGGUGGCAGUGGUUUCGAGCGACCGCGACACUACGAUACAGACUAUUACCGUGACCCGCGGGAGCGUGCGCUGGCCGGAGCUGCCUCCGGCUCUGGCUCAGGUGGUGGUGGGGGCGGGGUCUCCAGUGGGGUUGGCCCAGGCGCUGGAGGAACGGGGGCCAGCGGCGGCAAUGCCAGCGGAGGUGGGAGCGGCGCCGGCGGAGGAGUAAGCGGGUCUGCAUCCGUGCCGGUGGGUUAUUACGGCUCGCGCGGCCGCAGUCCUGGCCGCUUCGAGACCCCCGAGCCGCGCUAUGAGGCUCGGCCUCGUGAGCCCUUUACUCUGGCCAGUGUGGUUCACCGUGACCUGUAUCGUGAAGAAAGAGGGCGCCGAGGAGAUCGCGUGUACCAGCACAGCCGCAGCCGCUCCCCGCACUCCUCGCAGUCGCUGAACCCCUCCCCACAGCGGCUGGCAAGCCAGGCGGCGCGGCCCCCUCGCUCCCCCAGCGGGUCUGCCUCUGGUAGCCGGUCGUCCAGCUCGGAUUCCGUCAGCAGCACCAGCAGCAGCAGCAGCGGCAGCAGCGAUUCCAGCAGCAGCUCCAGUGAUGAGUCUCCAGCACGAUCUGUGCAGUCAGCUGCAGUGCCUGCCCCCUCUGCUCCGCCCCCAUCAGCCCUCGAAAAGGAUGAGCCUCGCAAAAGUUUUGGCAUUAAGGUCCAGAACCUUCCUGUGCGCUCCACAGACACCAGCCUGAAGGACGGCUUGUUCCAUGAGUUUAAGAAGUAUGGGAAGGUGACGUCAGUGCAGAUCCAUGGAGCGUCAGAGGAGCGCUAUGGAUUAGUCUUCUUCCGACAGCAGGAGGACCAGGAGAAGGCCUUGUGUGCUUCUAAAGGAAAGCUUUUCUUUGGCAUGCAAAUUGACGUCACUGCCUGGAAUGGCCCAGAGACUGAGAGUGAGAAUGAGUUCCGGCCACUGGAUGAGCGCAUUGAUGAAUUUCAUCCCAAAGCUACACGAACACUGUUUAUAGGCAACCUGGAGAAGACAACUAGCUACCACGACCUUCUCAACAUCUUCCAGCGAUUUGGGGAGAUUGUGGACAUCGAUAUUAAAAAAGUGAAUGGCGCCCCCCAGUAUGCUUUCUUGCAGUACUGUGACAUUGCAAGUGUCUGCAAGGCCAUCAAAAAGAUGGAUGGGGAGUACUUGGGUAACAACAGGCUCAAGCUGGGCUUUGGGAAGAGCAUGCCCACAACAUGCGUGUGGCUAGAUGGCCUAUCUUCUAAUAUCACAGAGCAGUACCUCACACGCCACUUCUGUCGAUACGGACAUGUAGUCAAGGUUGUGUUUGACAGACUGAAAGGAAUGGCCUUGAUUCUGUAUAAUAAUAUUGAGUAUGCGCAGGCUGCUGUCAAGGAAACCAAGGGCUGGAAAAUCGGGGGAAACAAAAUUAAGGUGGAUUUUGCCAAUCAAGAGAGCCAAAUGGCUUUUUAUCGCUCAAUGCAGGCGUCUGGGCAGGAUAUCCGAGACUUCUAUGAAAUCUUAUCUGAACGAAGAGAUGAGCGUAGACCACCUUACCAUGAAUUUUCAGCAGAGCGGGCAUACUAUGAAAAUGUACGUGCUCCAGGCACCUACACUGAAGACCCGCGCCGCAAAUACCCUGCCAGGAGUCGGGAGUUCUACACAGAAUGGGACCCGUACCAGGGGGACUAUUAUGACCCACGUUACUAUGAUGACCCUCGGGAGUACAGGGAUUACCGUGACCCCUAUGAGCAGGACAUUCGGAAAUACAGUUACCUCCAACGGGAGAGAGAGCGUGAGAGGGAACGUUUUGAAACAGACCGUGAGCGUGACCAUAGCCGACGGACUAUUGAACGCAGCCAGAGCCCCUCACAUCCCCGCCGUGCUGCUAGCCCUGCCGCUUCUCCAUCCCCGUCUGAGCGUCUGCCCAGCGACUCUGAGCGCCGCAUCUAUAGCCGCUCCUCUGAGAGAAGCGGAAGCUGCAGCUCACUGUCACCUCCCCGCUACGAGAAACCCGAUAAAGCACGGCCUGACUGGUACAGCAAGAAUGAGAAGCUGGAAAAAGAACGGCAGUUAUUUGAGUUAGAACGUGCCACCGGGGGCGAGAAGGAUAAACGGGCUGUGCGUAAGGAAAAAGCAGAGAAAGGUGAGAAGGGGGAGAAGCAGAAGUUAAGGAAGCUGAAGGUGCCGUCCCCCAGUCUCCCCUCAUCUGAGACGGACCCAGAACCAGAUCAGGAGACCAGUCCAGAGACAGGUCCUCGAUGCAAAGGUGGUAAGGUGACUGUUAAAGAGAAGGACACUGCUGGAAAAGGGCGCCUUGAUCUUCCACCUUGUGUGGUGCAGCUCACACGGGUCAAAGAGAAGGAAGGAAAACUGCUGGAGCAGGCUGCAGGGGAAAAGCUGCGUCUGAAGGGUGAGAAUGACAGUGUGCGCUCUCCUCCUCCCCUUCCAUCUUCCAUUGACCAAAAAGGACUAACUUCACGGCAGGAUAUUCAGAAGGGAGAACUUCCCAAGCAGUGCAAAGUCUCCAAGGAAAAGAGUUUGGCAAGCCAGGUAGAAGUGGUAGACAGGGAAGGCAAGGUAAAACCUAAAAAGCACAUGAAACCUGAACCAGGGUUUGAUGGCACUAACUCAUCUAUUGAAGUAGACAGACUAGCUGCUCGGAAGAGACGUUUUGGAGAUUCUGCUGGAAAAAUAGAAAAAUUGAAAAGGGGGAUCCAGGAGGAAGAAGAGGGCAGACUGGGACUGAAGAAAUCAUGUGACAGCAUUGUGGCAAAAGAAGUGGAAGCUGAUAGGAAGAUCUUUCGAAAGGAAGCACAUAAGAGGGAGCAUCGCAAAGGUAAAUCAGAACGGCUGGUUACUGUCUGUAGCCCAAAAGAAGAGCUGGACACAGAAGGAAUGCCUCUAGGCUUGGGGCUUAGCCUUAACCUGCAGGCUCGACUGGGGGAACCGGCAGAGGAGAGCACUGAUCUGGUUGAUUUUCCAGGAAGAAAGACAGGGAUCAUCCUAAAGAAUCAAAGUCACAUCACCCAGAUGUUUCCUGAUGACGUGAGUUUGGAUCAAGAUGAUAUAGAGGAACAGGAGCAACCAAACUUCCUUGAUCUAGUUGACCAGUCUUUGGUGCAGGAAAAAGGUACUGGGGAGGCUGAUGAACGUCUUUCUGUGGACAUUGAUCACUCUCAAAGCUGCCGCAAACAAAUGGAGCAGAACCGAAGGCUCCGGCAGCAGCUGCAGGAGCAUGACAAGUCGGAUAAACCUGAAAAUCCACAUGGCGCAGACUCUGAGGAUUUUGAUCGGAGAAGCUUAGUGCAUGAGGUGGGAAAGCCACCUCAGGAUGUUACGGAUGACUCUCCACCUAACAAACGUAAAAAGAUGGAGAUUCUUGAUUUUGAUAUGAAUGUUAAAAGGGAAAGAAACUAUAGAAGUUCUCGGCAAGUGAGUGAGGAUUCUGAAAAAAACACUUCCUCGAUGCCAGGGUUAAGGCACUUUUCCUACCAAGAGGAAGACAAUACUGCAGAAUCACCUCGACUGGUUUCUAUAAAAGAGGCCAAAGACUCACCUAAAUUAGAAGUCUACUCACACAUGGAUAUACUGAAGUAUAGCUUUGAUUCGACUAGUAAUCGGGGACGGUCGUCCCAUACUGAAUUGUCUAAAGUGAAAGUUGUGUCUCUGGGGUGUGAGGAGGAGCAGCGCUGGGAGAGCAGGGUGAAACAGGACCCAUUACGACUUGACAUGAGUUUCCCAAGCAGCAUUGUGAAACGUGAAGGCAUCCGCAAGCGCCUUGUGCGUGAACUGGAGCCUGGAGAAGUACAGUCAGACUCUGAUGAGGACAGUGAGAACAAGCACCACUCCCCCAAGCCCUCUACAUCUCUCUCUUUCCUUCUUAGGGAACGUGAAGAUAGGUUGUCAGACCUCAAGCUGUCUGGCUCCCUAGAGAGGAACAAAUUUUAUUCCUUUGCACUGGAUCAGACUAUAACACCAGAUACUAAAGCAUUGCUGGAACGAGCAAAGUCAUUGUCCUCGUCCCGAGAGGAUAACUGGUCAUUCCUGGAUCGUGACUCUCGCUUCGCCAGCUUCCGAAGCACCAAAGAUAAAGAAAAGGUGGAGUCUGCCCCAAGGCCUAUUCCCUCCUGGUACAUGAAGAAAAAGAAAAUCCGUACUGACUCAGACGGCAAGCUUGAUGACAAGAAAGAAGAACCUAAGCCAGAAGAACAUGAACGACAGGAGCUGUUUGCCUCUCGCUUUCUCCACAGCUCUAUUUUUGAGCAGGACUCAAGGCGCUUGCAACAUCUUGAACGCAAGGAUCCAGACACAGAACUUAACAUUAGUAGAUAUGCUGGGAGGCAAAGUUCUACUGAGGCACAACCUGGAACAGGUGGAUCCGACCUCCUGCAAGAACCCAUGGUACUCUUUCAUAGCCGUUUUUUAGAGUUACAGCAACAGAAAGAAAGGGACCUGCGGCCCAAAGAGAUAGAGAAAAUGAAUAGUGCUGAUGGGCAUGAGAGGGAAAAGUUGCAAGAAUGUGAGCAGGAACAGUCACGGUCAUCGCCAAAAGUGCCUGAGCUGACAGUGGAUCCAGACGUUAAACCCAUCAGUCCUAGUGCAGGAGUUGCAGUUUCACAUCCCACUUCAGUACCUCGAGAUAUGACACUACCCCAGGAUAAACCCAUGGUACAGAGUAUUUCUGCUAAAGAAGAAAAAGGUGCGUCUGUUGCUGAUGUUUACUUGCCUCCUUCACUGCCUGUGGCAGAGAUACCGCCACCUGGCCCUAGCAGCGUUGUAACCCUUGAGGCCAUUUCCUCUGAGGCAGACGUUAAAAUGCAUUCUAAGGAAGAGUUGUGUGAAUCCAAGAAUCAAGUAAAAAAUACAGCUACUAUAGAACAGUCCUCUUACCUGGAUGUUAAACCUCCUACUCCUGGUGCCUCGCUUAGCAGUUUAGAGCCAGAGCCCCACCCUACGGAGUUUCCAAUUCCUGUUUCCCCUAAAUCUGAGGAAAACACAGAUACUACUAAAGAAGAGGCCUUGUCAGAAAAAUGUGAUCAAAUAGACAGUAAUAUUCCCCAGAAAAUGGAAGAGUCGCAGGAGGUUCAAUUGCUGGUCUCUGAAACUGAGGUUGAGCCAGUGCUGCCACCUCGAAAACAACCCAAGAACAAACGAGCUAAGCCAAUCUCUGCACCAACACCUUCUCUGGUCCAAACAGCUGGUGCUGAGAAACCAGCCAUCCGCAAGAGUGAGCGGAUUGACAGAGAGAAGCUUAAACGGGCAUCUUCUCCUCGAGGAGAGGCUUUCAAACCAGCCACUGAUUCUAAAAACACAGCUAAAUCCCCGAUCCAUGCUCCAGACACAGAUCAAAGUUAUGAGGUGAGCUUGCUACAUGGCAGGACUCGGCGCAGAAAUGUAAGGUCUGUUUAUGCAACCCCUGUAGAAGAUGAGACUCCUCAGCAGUCAAGUAAGGAAGUUACAGAAUCCCCUCGUCCUACUCGCAAGCGGUGUGCUGAAAGAGAGCUAGUACAGCAGCAGCAGCCUUCUCAGGAUACAUUAGCUGCCCCACCCCGGCGAGGACGCCCUCCCAAAACACGUCGGCGAGGAGAAGAUAUGUCACCGGUGAAGGGAGAGCCACCGAAAACAUCAGAGGGAGAAGAAACUGACAGCAAAGACCUUUGUAGCAGCGGUGAAGUUGCCAAAGUUACUGAGGGGUGGCGUUCACCCCGUACACAGAAAGUGCAGCUUACCCAAGGAUCCCCACCUGCUAGCUCUGUACAAGGUCGGAAGGGGGUCAAAGCAGACAAGACACCUGAGAAUACAGGUCCACAGAUGGAGCGCUCAGGGGGUGAUGCUGCUGGUAUUUUAGAUUCCACAGCUAAGUCAAAGGAGGAAUUGCUUGAGCAGUGUGGGAAACUCAUAGGAAAUGAGAUACAAGAUAUGACAAUGGAAAAAGGAGAGAAAGACAGUGAUAUUCCAGAUCUAACGGAAAGGAAACUAGAUGAAGAAAAAGCUGGUGAUAAAUUGGAAACGUCAGUCACAGAAAAGCGGCCUCCAGCUGAGAAAAGUGGAAAAACAAAAGCGGCGAGACUGACACGCAACACUAAGAUGGCAAUAGAGGAUAAUUCCCUGAGCUUGAAGAACCUUGAGAUCCGUUUGAGUGUAGAUGAUGUGAAAGGUGUGCUGCGUUCUGGUGAAGAGGAGUCUGAAUCUUUUGACACCUCUCUAAAAAAGACCAAGUCAGGUGCAUCUGCGAAAGAAGAUUCACUGACGCCUCCUGUCAUCAAGGCAUCAGAGCUCAGUUCUGAAAAGAAGGAAGAGGUGUUGUCAGACCCUGAGCCUCCUGCUGAUCCGGCAGCUGCAUUGCUAGCCCGUCAGAUGGAACUGGAGAGGGCAGUAGAGAAUAUUGCUAAACUCAGUGUGGAGCCACCCCUUCCAAUUUACAAGGAACCUCAAACAGAACCACCAACCUUGAUAUCACCGGUAACGGUGGAGCCAGAAAACGAGGUUGAGGAAGAGAAGCCUGCGAAUCCUUCUAGUGAGACUGAACUUGAAGCUGCCAUUUAUUCAAUUACUGCUGAUGCAGAUGGAUUCACAGCCCCACCUACUUAUGCAACUCUUGUCCCUACCCCAGAGCCACUGGCAAUCCCCAGUACCAGUGAGUGCAUGGAACCAGAGACAGACGUGGUUAUCAGUAACAUUAUGGACACAGACAGAGGAUUGAUUCCAGAUUCUAAAGUUUCAGAAUCCGCUGCCGGUGAGGCCUCUACGCAGGAUGGGUCUCCUCAACCAGGCACUCCCAGGAAAGGUAGUAAAGUUAGAGCCAAGCCUCAAAAGAAGUCUAAAAGCCGUAGAACUCAGACCAACAGGAAGGGGGAUGUGACAGAGGAGGCAGUUUUAGAACCAGAACAUACACCAGUAAAAAUUCCAGAGUCCAUCCCUGAAGACCCACAGACUCUGAAACCCAAAGUUGGGUCAGCCUCUACAGCAGCUAUUGUCACUACAGCGGCCUCCUGUAAACAGGAAGUUGUACGUGUAACUGUUGAAGCUGUGAAUACUCCUAAGGAAGCAGAACAGCCUGCAGUUGAGCAACCAGAACCCCAAGAAUCUGCUUUUCAUUCAACCAGCAAGCUGCAGCAGCAACCUUCAGAUACAGCAUCACUCACACCUUCUCCAACUAGUCUGAAGUUCUCCCCUACACGUACUUGCAAGCUCCCUGUGUCCCCCCAAGACUGGCAGAAUCAUUCUGAGGAUGGCAGAGUCCUUGCUCCAUCUGCACCUCAACUCCCUGUUACGGGUCUCUCUACAUCUACAGCCACAGCAGGAGUACCACCUCCUGGAAACUCCACCUUACCACCUGAUACUAAAGCGUCGGACAUUGACCCUAGUGCUAGCACCUUGCGCAAAAUCCUUAUGGAACCUAAGUAUGUAUCAGCCUCAAAUAAUUCAGCUCCAAGCGCACUUCUUACAACCUCCAUGAGGGAUCCACGGAUGUCAGAGAAUGAUAAUUCUUGUGAGCUGAUAACUGUCAAGCCCUGCAUACCUGAUGAAAGGCCUUCAACUGUCACCCCCCAUCCUGUACACCAGCAGUCGUCCCUUCCACCGCCACCUGAGGUCCAGCAAGCUUAUAGUGAGAAAAUGGUCAAUUCUGUAAUAUCCUCAACAGGUACCUCAGUUAUAAGCCGCAUUCCAAUCCCCUUUGAUUCGGAGGAGGCACCACGUAUUUCUUUGAGCAGUCGUAACUCGGGGAUGUCACUGCCGAAGCAAAAGUAUCGAUCUGGCAUCAGUGAGAACAGGUAUCAUGGGCUAGCUAUGGGCGAAGAAGGAAGUCGUGGAGGACGAGCUAUGGUAGAGAGUGCAGCCUACAGCACAGGUGCCAGCCCUGGGCUGAGGGUGAACACCUCUGAGGGCGUAGUGGUACUGAGCUACUCUGGACAGAAGACUGAGGGGCGUCAGCGUAUAAGUGCAAAGAUUAGCCAGAUCCCACCAGCCAGUGCAGUUGAUAUUGAGUUCCAACAAUCUGUGUCUAAACCCCAGAUUAAGCAGGAGCCACUCACUCCUUCCCAGCCCCCCACCCCAAAGGCUUCACAAACGGCCACUGCAUAUAGCCACAGUGUUUUAGCUGGUCAGUCUUACAACACUCAGCCUGUCAUUUCUACCAUUAAACAGGAGAAUCCUGGAUCAGACAAGUCAGAAUUACCAUAUCAUACUGGGCCUCCAGCUGGCACUGUGAAGAUGCACUCACAGUCUGUUAGCAGCUCGCAAGUUUUGAUCUACAAUCAGGCUAUGUUGCAGCAACAGCAGAAUAUUAAAAAAGGGAUGGUAACUGAUCCAAUACCCCUCAAGGUUGACUCAGGUAAACCUCAGUCCUCUAACUUGAGCCCUGUGAUGAGUCCCCACCACCCCUCUCUGUCUGGGAACCACAUGGGUUCAAGUCCUGGGACACCUACCGACAGAACUGUGCCGCACUUGAAACAAGAGCCUCACUCACCCCGAACAUCGGGCCAUUCACCAUCUCCAUUUUCCAAAGUCUGCCCUCCGAGUAGCUCUGUGUCCCCCAUUGGCACUUCUGUGGUCCUUGGCCCGGGCAUGUCAGCUAUAUCCCAGUUUGUACAUCACCCGGAGCAGUCAGUCAUUAUGCCUCCUCAUAGUGUCACUCAGUCUGUUUCUCUGAGCCACCUCUCUCAGAGUGAUGUGAGGUUGAACACUCCUCCUCUGUCUGGAAUAGGCUAUGGGAUGCGUUCGGAGACUCUAGCCUCUCCACGUUCGGGGAACCAGCAGCGCUCAAGCACGCCUCAGCCUGCAGGCAUCAGAGACAUGGUGCUGCAGUCCCACACCGGCUGCACCGGGGGCAGCAGUGGGACAUCAGAGGAAGAUGUCAGACACUUUCAUCAGGGACUGCGUAGGCCAUCUGCACCUCAGGUGCAGUCAGAUGUUAUGGUGAUGCCAAGUGACUACUGUGGACUACACCAUGGAGCAAGCUUGUAUGGCCUACCAUCCAGAGAUGUAAGGAUACUAAUGCACCACCAGCUUGGAGAACAUGCAUCCACAGAGGCACGCCAAGCCCGUACCCCAGAAACUGGCUGCUCAUCUUCCUCUAGCAACAUUUCUUCAUCCUCCGCUUCCAAAGCCCCACCUGUUGGAAAAGGUGUGACACAGGCAGGAAAGGACUCCACAAAAACCACAGAUGUGAAAGUGCCACAGUCUCCGCAUGCUGAAGGCAGGAUCUUGGGGGUACAUCCCACUGUGCCUGUCAUGGUGUCCAACCCGGGGGUGCAGCUUCUGCACGGAGGGGCUGCCAGCACAUUCCCAGAAUACUCUGCAGUGUACCGAGACAUGCGGGGGUUUCACUCUCAGUAUGCUGGUCCCUCUGCCAUGGGAAUCAAUCUGCCUCCCCGCAGCAUCACCCCCUCACAGGAUGGCGAGCACAGUCACAGGAGCAAAACUCCUCAGGUACCAUCAGGAGCUGUGGGAGACCUCAAAGCAGAAGGUUCACAUCAUCGGCACACAGGCACUAUUGACCUCUCCCGAGCACAAGGUGAUGCAGGCUCACCGUCAUACGCCUCUCCCGUUCCAAUCUCUCACAAAUUGGAUUCAGUACAAACAUCCGUGACGAAGGGCUCUGUGUCCUUCCUACCAUCUCACCUGCCGUCGUCUGGCUCCGGCCAGAUGCGGGAUGAAGGCAAGCUGGAGCACACAGCAAACCGCACUAUGGACAUGGUGCAGCUGCUGAAGAAGUACCCCAUUGUGUGGCAGGGUCACUUGGCCCUCAAGAACGAUACAGCCGCUGUCCAACUGCACUUUGUCUCAGGCAACAACGUGCUUGCACACCGCUCUCUGCCCCCACCGGAGGGGGGGCCUCUGCUGCGUAUAGUGCAGAGGAUGAGACUGGAGGCCUCACAGCUGGAGGGAGUCACUCGCCGGAUGAUGGUGGAGAGUGACUACUGCCUCCUGCUGGCUCUUCCUUGUGGACGUGACCAGGAGGAUGUCUUGAACCAGACGCAUGCCCUCAAGGGCGGCUUCAUUACCUACCUGCAGGCCAAGCAAGCUGCUGGCAUCAUCAACGUCCCAAAUCCAGGCUCUAACCAGCCGGCCUACGUGCUGCAGAUCUUCCCGCCUUGUGAGUUUUCAGAGAGUCACCUGUCUCGUUUGGCUCCAGACCUGCUCAGCAGCAUCUCCAGCAUCUCGCCCCAUCUGAUGAUUGUUAUCGCCUCUGUGUAGCAGCAACCGGUUCUCCAGAGGCCCUUCAUUUCCCAAGUAGCUGGAAAGCAAAAGCUGGGUGUUGGGUUAGGCGUUAUUUGAUUCCUUUGUUUACACUGUCAGCCGACCUGCCCUGCACCACUCCAACGCUGCUCCACAUCUCCACCUUUCCUGGGAGGCCAAGCCAGGCUAUAGCGAAGUGAUCAAUUUUCUGAUCAUCUCUGCUCUACGUGUCUGAGGGCCGGGCACUUCAUGCGAAGGGGUUCCAAAGACGCAUCAAAGGGGGAAACAACUCGAAGUCUGAGAACAGCUAAAAGGGUGGAUUUUAUUCUCAUUGAAAAGAUCGUGAUUUUUUAUUUUUUUUCCUACAUAUGGAUCGGAUCAACCAUUGCACUAUGAUGGAGGGAAAAGACAGAAACAAGGACUAGAAGAUUUAUGAAUCGAGGCAGAUGGCAGUGAGGUGGAAGCUACAGAGAUCUGCCAUGUUUGUAUGCCAUAUGGUGAUACUGGGAAAGAUUAUGUCAUGGGAGGAAAUUGUGGCCAUUCAUACCCAGCCAGCCAGUCAUCUUCAUUUUUACUACUGGUUUCCCAUGUAUUAACCUACUACUGCUUUCGGAGAGAUGGCACUCUUGUUCCUCAUAGUUCCUACCCCAGGGACACACGGAAGGUUCUGGAGUUGUACAGUUUACACAUUAUAGCUCAACAGGGGGUAGUUGAGACAAAUACUUUUUUCGUAAAGGUUAAUGAUGUAAGGGGAGUGUGAGAGCCUUGUAAAUAUUAUAAAUAUUUAAAGACUUAACAAUGCUGGGAGAUGAACUUGCAUAACUAAGAGAAGUGACGGAAAGAAGAACGGUCACUCCCAGUGAUGGUUUUCACAGACAUAUUGUUUUAAACAUGAAUCUGUGCCAAAAUGUCUUUUAAGAUGAUGCAGUCAAAAAAAGGAAUUAAAAUCAAAUCUUAUUUUCAUACUUGACUUUGUAUUUGUCAAUUACUCAUAACUGCUUCAAGCUUGACUGUCUUGUUUUAACGGUUUACUUAAUUUUAUCCCUCUUUGCUACUCUGCCUUGUUUAUUUUGAAAAAAAAAAGUGCUAUAAGCCAUUCUAUAAGUUGAUCGUUUACAGUUUCUCUUGACAUCUGGUGAAUGUUUCCCGAACCUCUUUUUUCCUUGAAUGUCUGCCGCUGUAAAACUGCCCCUAUGACAGGUGUAGUGUUAAGCGAAAGUAGGAAGUGAAAGGGGUGACUGUACGAUAACAAUGCCAUACUUGAGUUUGAAACAUUCUUAUAGACUUUCAAGGAAAAGAAAUCGGGAAGGGAAAAAGCAGUGGGACUCAAGCGGAGCCAAAAGUGGACGUGUGAGCUCUAUGUCUCUCAACCGUGGUGUAAAUAGUCAUUUAUCCCUUCUGUGUCUUUUUUAAUGUUUUAUUUUUCAGGGUCAAUUUGUUUUGUCAGACAAAACAAAGCAGUCUGAAAAAGACAGAACCAAGUGUAAACUGAUGUUGAAAGUGAACCAUGUUUCUCAGUUUUGUGGUGUAAAUAUUUGUAUGACUGCAGGCUGACAGCUCUCAUGGUAUUGUUGAAGGCACUUAUAAUUUUGAUACAUAAAUAAAAAAAAUCAAACAAACAAUAGAAAAACAAACAGAACAAUCUUAAACAUUGUCCCUGUACCCAAUUUCAUUUUGAGUGUAAUAUAUUGUUCCUCUAUGAGGUUAUUUUAAGAUGUUUUGUAAAAUAAAACGUUGGUUUAUACAAUCCACCGAUCAUUAAAUGAUCAGUGACUACAUUUUAAUUUUGAAGUGUUUGCGACAUUUGUCAGAACUCUUAAGCAAAAGCAUUAAACUAGAAUGUUUACACUUUUGAAUGAA